UGUUAGCAUCCAGUACAUCCGCAGAUCCCGGGUCUACUCAGAUGCUCGGGUUUGAAUGGGACCAUUUUAAGACAGACUCCGUUGGGAAUCCCACCGUGACAGAAAUGCCGGCGAAUAGUGAAGCUAGUCCUCUGCAGGAGGAUGAUGAUCUCAUCUGCUUCAAAGUCUGGCACGUUGUGUAUUCUGAGAUGCUCUUCUGCUCACCCUGGUUAUUUGAAUUACCAUAGCAUUGCUGAUGAAGGUUUACUGGAAUGGUGGAAAAAUGUGAAAGGUUGGGAUGAAUGGAACGAGACAGCAAAUUUUGAUGAUGAUGCAGAGAAAGCCAUAGAAUCAACUGCAGAUCGUGUCUUCAAGGCUGCCCGCCUCUUCGUUUAUUUAUUCAAAAAACGAGAGGCAUCACUGUAUAUGCGAGUUGUUGAGUUGCUGGCAGUUGCUGACACAGCAGACAACUUCCAUAAAAAGACUGUGACUGCUAGCAUCGGAGGAGGUGUGGCCAGUGUAGCCGGUAGCAUCACCACCAUCACAGGACUGGCGCUGGCACCUUUCACUUUUGGUUCAUCCCUUAUUGUAACAGCGGUGGGCAUCGGGGUUGCAACAGCGGGUGGCCUCACAUCGGCAUCUGCAAACAUUACAGACACAAUGCACUCGAGGACAGACCGGGCCAGAGUAGAGCAGAUCAUUCUCGGCUAUCAAGAGGAGAUAAAGGACAUUAGAGAAUGCCUACAGUUCUUGCAGACAGGUAUGGAGACUCUGGAAGAGUACAACUUCCAGCAGUACAUGGACAGCAUUUCCAAGCGUGCAAUGAACAGGAAUGUAAAGCAUGUAAUGAAAGAGGGCGGCCGUGCUGGCAAGGCCUUACUUAUCAAUGCUGAGAGCCUGGCAAGCACUGUACAAGUGCUCAGCACUGCCGGUGGGGUCGCCAAAGCCACUCAGGUCCUCAGCAUCGCCAGCGGGGUUAUGUCCGGCCUCUUCUUGGCUCUUGAUGUUUUCUUUUUAGCCAGAGACUCUAGGGAUCUGCACAAAGGAGCCAAGACAAAGUUUGCGGCCAAGAUUAGGGAUGUGUGCAAGGAGCUGUUGGACGGCCUUGUUGAGCUGAAAAAGAUUAAAAAACAACUGCAGGCCAUCAUGAAUGAUGCAGAAGAGGAGGAGGAGGAGGAGGAGGGAGAAGACGAUGAUAAGGAAGAAGAAGAAGAAGAAGAGAACAGAGGUGAAAAAAAUAAUGAGAAUAAAGGACAAUCUAGCAGUUUAGAUUCUUCCUAGCAUUAAUAUAUUGAGUAUAAGAAAGGAAGAAGACGUGGAAAACUAUAAAGCACAGAGAAUUAUAAGAAGAUAUAAAAUAUCUUGUAUAUUGGAAAAACUUUAUUGUUAACACUGAAUUACUUAAAGGUUUGCUGCUCUCUCUUUUAAUUAGGGCUGUUAAUAUUUGCAAUAUUAAAGCACUGUAAUUUAAUAAAAGAUUAAGUGUUGUCCUUACACUCUACUUAGGAGCAUUUUGUGGUUCUAUUUUAUAUAAUAAUUAUAUUCAAAUUGGAUAAUAAUUUGUGGCAUCUUUUUUUAUUUUAGCUUUAAUAAAUCUAAAUAUUAUUUUAAUUCACCA